UUCUCGUGGACAGGGCAUGCGUGAGAGUUAGUUAGUUUGUAAUAAGUCGGUCCUAAUUGAAUAAUCUGGAUUUUCAUGGUUGAAGAAAAGUCUAGCCUUUAAAAUAAGGAAGAGUUAAGGAAAUAAGGAAGGGUCGCGGCAGUCAUGGGGGAUCUCGGUGGCUCAGGUGUUAAUGGGCUGAAAAGACAACCUGCUGUGACCUUCCAGAUCCUCUUCCUGCUUUGUGUAGCGUUCACCACCCUAUGUUAUACUCUGUCCACCAGCUCUCUGCCAUGGCUGGAGAGCCUUCAACUCCACAAGCACUACAACACACUUUUCAGAUGGAACAAUACGGUUAAUCUACAACCUUCUUAUUACGUCCAUCCGAAACACAGAGUUAAACUACAAGGAAUCAGUGAAACCACACAACCCCCUCCCACAUUCUCUACUGUAGCACCUACAGGCCCUCAGUACCACAAGGCCUACCCACGCAACUACCACUUCAUUAUGGAUAACACAGAGGUGUGCAAAACCAACACCCCUUUCCUGGUCCUGAUGGUUCCAGUAGCACCGAGGAACGUGGAGGCUCGGGACGCCAUCCGGCAUACGUGGGGCAAUAACAGCGUGGUUCAGGGCGAGGUGGUGCUCACUCUGUUCAUGCUGGGCCUCUCUGGAGGAGGUGAUGAUGUGCAGCAGCAGCAGGCGAAGCUCAACGAGGAGAAUCUCCAGCACCAUGACCUGAUCCAGAGCGACUUCAUGGACACUUACCUCAAUCUAACCAUCAAAACCAUGGUGAUCAUGGACUGGCUGGCUACCCGCUGCCCGACAGCAGCGUACGCCAUGAAGAUCGACUCGGACAUGUUCUUGAACAUUGACAAUCUGGUGAUGAUGCUGCAGAAGCCAGAAAUCCCCAAGAAGAACUACCUGACGGGGAUGCUUAUGUGGAACAGGCCGGUCGUCCGUUCAAAGGACUCCAAGUGGUACGUCUCGGAGGACAUGUACCCAGAGCCCGUGUACCCGACCUAUACUCUGGGCAUGGGAUACGUCUUCUCCAACGAUCUUCCAGGGAAAUAUGUGGAAGCCUCAAAAUCAGUCAAGCCCUUUAACAUAGAGGACGCUUAUAUUGGAAUGUGUAUGAAAAAGCUUGGACUGGCGCCCAGGUCGUCACCAGAUCCGUCCCAGUUCAGGGCCUAUAACACAAAAUAUAAUCGCUGUGAAUACUCCAAAAUCAUCACCUACAUCCUUGGCUCUUCACAAGAGCUGAUAAAUUAUUGGACAGAUUUGAAGAAGCCUGGACCACCUUGUUAGGACAAUGACUACUACAGAUGCACAGCUGUGGAAGGGCUUGGGUGACAGGGUGUUGGGAAGUUAAUUUAUUUAUAUAUUGCUAAUAUAUAUAUUUAUGAUUCUCUAUAUAUUACCACAAGAUUACAGAGGUUUAUGAACAAUUGCACUACAAAAUCUUUUUACUUUGGUGUAUUCAAAACCCCUAAGGGUUGGCAACAAAGGAAUUUAUGAAGUUUUUUUUUUUUUUGACUAAAGUAAAUUGAAAAUAUAAGUGAGUGGAAUUAAAGAAAAAACCCUGAGGACAUGGGUUCUGUCUCUUGGUUGCAUAUAAGAGGAGAAGACCGUUGAAGCCAAUGUAACAAAUGCAGGUUUAAAAGAACUACUACUGCUGAUAGGUGGGGAAAGCUUUCCCUGCUUUUGCACAAUAGAUCUUAAGCACAGAUAUUAUAUUCACAAUUAAUGUGUUUGCAAUUAAUACUUCUCAUGGUAUCUUUUAAGUAACAAAGGAAAGAAGCCAUUGGCCGCUGGCAGAAAUGUGUAAAAGUUAUUAUUUUUAUUUUAUUAUUUCUUUUUAUUUUGCAGAUUAUUGUAUUUUUUUAAAUAA